AUGAGCAGCAUCUUCCCUGCAGCCUCAGAAGUGUCCGCUCUCCUGAAAUUGAGAAACUUUUCCCCGUCUUUCUCUGAUGACAAUCUGCCGAACGCCUCCGGCUCGGGGCUCGCAGGUGUCACAGGCGAUGUCAGAUGCUCGCUAACCCAAAAGCAAACAAACAUUGGUGUCGGCGGGGCCCAGACUUGGCACGAGCGUCCACUGGCUCCGUCCCGAGUCCCCUCCAGCUUCAUCUGCAGCUCUCACAAUAAUUACAGCCUGGAGUCAGGAGCGUCCAACCGAGACCGCAUUUCUUCAGUCUGGGUUUGGUGA